AUGCUGGAACGGGCCUCUAUAGUAAGACCGCCCCGAUCAGCGUUAGGUAUGGAAUUGGUUCCAAGGAACACGACAACGAAGGGCGAACUAUUACGGCUGAGUACGAUAGCUUCUUCCUGAUCACCACAUGUAUGCGCGUAAAGUUUCCCUGCAUUCUUUAGAUGUCCCUAAUUCCGGUCGCGGUCUUGUCAGACUUAAGUACAGGACUGAACGUUGGGACAAGGCCUUUUGCGAGUAUGUGAAGCAACUGGACAAAGAGAAACCCGUUAUUGUCUCGGGCGAUCUCAAUGUUGCUCAUGAAGAAAUCGGUAUGUUUUUGGCGUCCGCUUUCUUCACCCCGUUCGACCGGUAGUCCUAUCUUAAUCGUAGUAGCUAACUAUGGGUAUAUACUCAUGUAAUAUGGAUCAAACCACCAACCUGUCACAGCAGACCGCUAAGUUUUCCUCUGUUCUAUGGGGCUUUCGGGAUUCAUAAGUUUUGUCCGAGUGCAUGGUUUUCCAAUCUAUAGUACUAGCAGAGAGGGUUCCAUUUCGAAGUCCGUUUCGUUGUUAUUUGCCUUUCUCAUUUUGUUUUUUUUUUACAACUAUCUUCAACAGAUUUGAAAAACCCCGACGGAAACCACAAAACUGCAGGCUUUACGGAUGAGGAGCGCAAGAGUUUCACCAAUUUUUUGGCUGACGCGGAUCUUGUUGACACUUAUCGCCAUUUUUAUCCUAAUCGAAAGGAUGCAUAUACCUUUUGGAGCACAAUGAGGAACGCUCGAGUAUCAAAUAAUGGGUGGUAAGUAGCGCAUUUUGUAGUGCCUGACUUUCCUCUUCCGCCGAGUCUUCGCCUUAGAUUUCCUUUUAUCAGCAUUCCCGCUUGAAGCGUCUUUUGCACCCCUCAAAGUUAUCCAUGAAUGCAUUCGAACACUUUGUUUUAGGCGGUUGGAUUACUUCCUAGUCUCGCGCCGCUUCCUGCCGCAAGUUGUCGACCAAGAAUUUCGCUCUGGCGUCCUUGGAAGCGAUCAUUGUCCGGUGGUGACUUACCUCAAAUUAUGA